AUGCGCGAAAAGCUUCAUCACUGUCACUUGUACGUAGGGCAAGGCCACGUGCUCGACCAGGUGCAACCAACCAGUGCGAGUGGGCCAACAACUACAAACCACGACGACGACGACGACGACGACGACGACGCACGAGAAAAAAAGGGGUCGCCCGGCAAGGAAAAGACCAAGCUGGCUCGAACUCUGCAGCCCAGCAGCCUUACUGAAACAACCAAAGAUGCGACGGCGUGGAACAAGGUAUCCAGGACAAGCACACACAUGAAUGAUGAGGCUGGCCACAAACAACAACAACAACAACAACAACAACAACAACGCCCUCCCGCUCGCUCCAACCCAGCAUUUCAUCCCGUCCAAAUCACCCCGUGCAACAAAGAAAGCGACCUGGAUCCCGCCCGGCCUUCUGAAAAACAGAAUGGCACAUCUGGUCUCGUCUCGCAGAGCGACCUUGCUCAUCCCGCCUGA